AUGAUGAAUGAGGAGUUUUUGAAGCCAAUCAAUGUGUCACACCAGGUUCUAAAGACAGUCAUGAUCGACACUUUACGUGCAAUAAACGUUGGCUACGAUAAAGAAGAUAAUUUUACCCGUCCCGAUGCACAUCUAAAGAACCUUAUAAUGUCUAU